UUGGGAGGAGGAAGACGGAUCUACGUGGUGUUUUACUUCAUAUUUAUGAGUAGACUUUCUGUAUUGGAAGGAAAUAAAAAGUACUUAAUGAUAUUCACGUGUUAAAACGUUGUCGUCGUAGGAUUCCGCGCUCAUUUUCGCAAAAUACAAACUUCCAAGGAGUAUUUAAACAGCGCUAGAAUCAGGACUUUAUUUUCUGACAGAACAGAAAACAUCUCACACAGCAGCUUGACCAUGUCGGACGUAAAACCGAAGGGUGAAGACACUGUGGAUGCCAGACAAACCAAUGCAAAAGAGAGUUCGAGUCUCACAGACCCUGGAGUCGUUCAGAUGGAUGCCAAAUCACAUCCAGAUGAUAAUGCAGAUAAAGAUUAUCAAUACAAAACCAACAACCCCAAUCUAGGACAAUGUCUUAUCAUCAACAACAAGAAUUUCCACAAAAGAACAGGAAUGGGCGUUCGCAACGGGACAGACGAGGACGCAAAGAAGGUGUUUGCGACUUUCUCAAAGCUGGGCUUCAAAAUCAGACAUUACAAUGACCAAACCGUCUCACAGAUGAAGGCUUUGUUAACUAAAGCGUCUCAGGAAGAUCACAGUCAGUCGGCCAUGUUUGUGUGUGUGUUGUUAAGUCACGGAGAAGAUGGGCUGAUUUACGGCACAGAUGACAGUAUCGAGCUGAAGAGGCUGUUCACGCUUUUCAGAGGAGAUCACUGCAUGUCACUCGUGGGAAAACCAAAGCUUUUCUUCAUUCAGGCCUGCCGAGGCUCGGAGCUGGACUCUGGCAUUGAGUGUGAUGGUGUAGGUGAUGAGGAAACGCAGAGGAUUCCUGUUGAAGCAGAUUUUCUGUAUGCUUACUCCACUGCACCAGGAUAUUACGCAUGGAGGAACGUCGCUAAUGGCUCCUGGUUUAUCUCUUCGCUGUGUGAGAUGCUGUUAAAAUAUGGCAGGCAACUGGAGAUCAUGCAGAUCAUGACGCGCGUCAACCACAAGGUGGCGCUGGAGUUUGAAUCCUCCUCCAAUCUUCCAGGGUUUGAUGGCAAGAAACAAAUACCAUGUAUUGUGUCCAUGCUGACCAAAGAUCUCUACUUCCCUAAAUAAUUCAGCUAGAAUUCACUGAUUUAAGUUGCCAGAACAAGGUCAAAAUCAUUCGCCCUCCUUAAUUCUUUUUCAAAUAUUUCCCAAAUGAUGUUUAACAGAGCAAGGAAAUUUUCACAGUAUGUCUGAUAAUAUUUUUUUUCUGGAGAAAGUCUUAUUUGUUUUAUUUCGGUCAGAAUUAAAGCAGUUUUUAAUUGUUUAGAAGGUAUUUUAACAUUAAUAUUAUUAGCUCCCUUAGGCAAUAUUAGUUUUCGAUAGUCUACAGAACAAACCGUCGUUAUACAAUAACUUGCCUAAUUGACCUAGUUAAGCCUUUAAAUGUCACUUUAAGCGGAAUACUAGCAUCUUGAAAAAUAUCUCGUCAAAUAUUAUUUACUCUCAUCAAUAUAUAAAUAUAUACAGGGGAGCUAAUAAUUUUGGAGGGCUAAUAAUUCUAACUUCAACUGUAUAUAUUAUGUAGCCAUUUGAAGUGAUCACAGACCUCAGCCAAAAACUCUGGAGGAAAACAAGUGAUUUUAGGGAUACACUGGGUUAUAAUGUUAAAGAGAAACAUUGGGUUAUUAAUAAUGUUAAAGUGAAGAAUUGGGUUAUUAAUAAUGUUAAAGGGAAACACUGGGUUGUUAAUAAUGUUAAAGAGAAACACUGGGUUAUAAUGUUAAAGAGAAACACUGGGUUAUUAAUAAUGUUAAAGAGAGACACUGAGUUAUAAUGUUAAAAAGAAACACUGGGUUAUAUUGUCAAAGAGAAACACCGGGUUACUAAUAAUGUUAAAGGAAAACACUGGGUUAUAAUGUUAAAGAGAAACACUGGGUUAUUAAUAAAGUUAAAGGAAAACACUGGGUUAUAAUGUUAAAGAGAAACACUGGGUUAUUAAUAAUGUUAAAGGAAAACACUGGGUUAUAAUGUUAAAGAGAAACACUGGGUUAUUAAUAAUGUUAAAGGAAAACACUGGGUUAUAUUGUCAAAGAGAAACACCGGGUUACUAAUAAUGUUAAAGGAAAACACUGGGUUAUAAUGUUAAAGAGAAACACCGGGUUAUUAAUAAUGUUAAAGGAAAACACUGGGUUAUAAUGUUAAAGAGAAACACUGGGUUAUAAUGUUAAAGGGAAACACUGGGUUAUAAUGUUAAAGAGAAACACUGGGUAAUUAAUAAUGUUAAAGAGAGACACUGAGUUAUAAUGUUAAAAAGAAACACUGGGUUAUAUUGUCAAAGAGAAACACUGGGUUACUAAUAAUGUUAAAGGAAAACACUGGGUUAUAAUGUUAAAGAGAAACACUGGGUUAUUAAUAAUGUUAAAGGAAAACACUGGGUUAUAAUGUUAAAGAGAAACACCGGGUUAUUAAUAAUGUUAAAGAUAGACACUGAGUUAUAAUGUUAAAAAGAAACACUGGGUUAUAAUGUCAAAGAGAAACACCGGGUUAUUAAUAAUGUUAAAGGAAAACACUGGGUUAUAUUGUCAAAGAGAAACACCGGGUUACUAAUAAUGUUAAAGGGAAACACUGGGUUAUAAUGUUAAAGGGAAACACUGGGUUAUAAUGUUAAAGAGAAACACUGGGUUAUUAAUAAUGUUAAAGGAAAACACUGGGUUAUAAUGUUAAAAAGAAACACUGGGUUAUAUUGUCAAAGAGAAACACUGUGUUACUAAUAAUGUUAAAGGGAAACACUGGGUUGUAAUCUGAUCUUGAAUCAGUUUUUACUAUAUUGUAAUAUAUUUUAUUAAGGCAAAUAUGGAAUGUUUACUGAUCUGGGUUUGACAGAGAAGUCUCUUUUAUAUUUAUAUGUAUAUUUAAGCUCUCUGUGGUAAUAUUAUUACAUGUGCAAAUGUGUUUAACCCAAUGAAAGUUCAUCGUUCUUUCAUUAUUAUCAACAGUCUUUUUUAAGAAGUUCUGUACAAAUAUUAGAAUAAGUUGUAUUAUGGUGAUAAAUCGGCAUUUGACUUUGCUAUUUGUGUGUAUUUUAGAUUGAAUGGGGCUGAAGAGAAGAAUAGAUAUUUCUAUAGAGAGGGAUUAGUGAAUAAAACGUUCUUAUUUGCUAUUAAAGAACAAUAAAAAUAUACAAUAUAUA